GGCUUAGUUAGGUAUCAGGUACUUGUUGUCUUUCGGUUUCGCCCCCUGAUAUUGAUGUAACCUCUUCCAGUAACACAAGAUUCAAUAUAAGGGCAGCCUUACCAUCUCCAAUCCCUUAUGAGACUCGAUAUUCGGUUCUAGCAACGAGUUGAUAUAUAAUCAGUAUUCUUUUCUUUAUCCUAUCUUUCAUAAAUAACCUCAUUAGACCGAACCGCGACCAAGAGUUGACACGAACUUACGAAACAAAUACUAUCGACCAUGAAGAAGCGUAUUGUCAUUUGUUGCGAUGGGACUUGGCAGAAUUCGGACAAUGGCUACGUUAAGCCAUCUGCCUCCAAUCCCGUACCGACCCUCCAGAUCCCGUCGAACGUAACACGUAUCUCCAGAGCUUUCAAAAGGGAUUGUUCUAAUGGCACAUUCCAAAUCAUCUAUUAUCAGUCCGGCGUCGGCUCUAGAGCAGGUGUCGUCGACAGAAUAAUAGGCGGUGCAUUUGGAAUCGGAAUAGCAGAGAAUAUUCGCGAGGCUUACGCUUAUAUCUGUGCGAAUUACGUAGACGGGGAUGAAAUCAUUCUUGUAGGAUUUAGCCGUGGGGCUUUCACUGCGAGGUCUAUCGGCGGAAUGAUAUCUGAUCUAGGUUUGCUCACCCGCGAGGGCAUGGAGUUCUUCUAUCCGGUCUUCAAAGAUAUGCAGAACUGGAUGAAUCCCAAUUACGAGGAUCAAUUUCCACAGGUGCCAUUCCCAAAUAAACCAAAAGGGCCUCGUGCUGCCGACGAGUACCGGGACAUGCUUGUUAAGAAUGGAUAUACUCGGGUACGCCAAAAUAAAGGCAAAGGAGAUUUGAUUAAGGUCAAAGCCAUUGGUGUAUGGGAUACAGUCGGCUCGUUGGGUAUCCCCCAAGGGAAGACGAGGGAGAUUUUAGCUCGACUCGGAAUUAAGUGGCGUAGCCAUGAGUACCGGUUCUAUAAUACUAGACUGUCUAAUAAGAUCGAGCAUGGGUUUCAUGCCCUCGCAUUAGACGAAACCCGCGGUCCGUUCAGCCCGACAUUAUGGGAACGACAACCAGAAUAUCGAGACACUUCAGAUCUUCGACAAGUUUGGUUCCCCGGCAGUCAUGGAAAUGUGGGAGGUGGUUGGGCCGAUCAAGGUGUUUCUAAUAUAACCCUUGCUUGGAUGAUGGAUCAACUCUCUUCUGUUGGCUGUGAAUUCGUAGACGACGCUCUUGAGAGACUCUACGAUCGUAAUGUGAGGUAUUACCACAGUUUGACGCCGGAAAAGACGAGACGCGAGAAGCUCGCCAACUCCUGUUGUGGAUGCUGCGGGGCCAUUCGACAGAAAGAGCCCAUACCUUGGGCAGCAAUGCCUAUCUUCCAUCCGAACAAACCUGUCCGCCCGUGGUCCCUGCAUAGCAUCCAAGCGGUGAAGAGCCCAAUUUAUGAUCUCGCUGGACGCGUUACUCGUUCGCCUGGCAUGUACAGAAAGAUGAAUCCCGAAAAUGGACGGCCUACACGUGCCUUUCUUAAGGAUACGAACGAGCGCAUCCACAGUUCGGUGCGCGUCCGCCUUGCGUGUGAGGGUUUGGGACUCAACGACUCGAAUAUUUGGGAAUGUCAAGCCUUGGUACGAGCGUGGCGUCCUCGUCGCGUGGCUCAAACAUUUCCCGACCCUGUGCCGCACGAUGCUAGCUGGGGACCAAAAGCGAAUGGAGAUACUGGAGGGAGGCAAUCUAAUACCGCCAACGGUAGUAGUGCUGCUGCUAACAAAGCCAUUUAUGACGCAGAGGAAAGCGAAAGCACUACUACGCAGGGAGGCAGUUACCGCGAGGACCUACGCUGGGUCUGGGAGUAUAUAGGUCCUGAGGCGGGUGCUCCGUAUGUUCGGACAUUGGUGGAAGAGAACAUAGGUCCGUGGGAGAGACAUUUGCUGGAAUUAUCUACCGGCAAAGUACACGUUCGCGAGUAUGCGGAUGCCCAGGAUGUCAAUAGCCUCAAAGUUUUCAGUGGUGGAGUUCCCGCGAAAAAGUCGAUUUUGAGGAAAGCGAACAAAUUGACUCCAUGAGUAAUGGGCAUAAGCUGUAAGAGACGGGGUCACGGUUGGAUGCAUGGCACUCCUUGGCGUUAGUAUCGAUAAAUGGUAGCUUUUUUAAAACAGUGUUUUCUCUCCGACAACUAUUAAUAGAAUGCCUAGAAAUUCUGUUUGAGCUUGAACGUGAUAUACGUGAGAGUUCUUGCCAAUCAUGUUUAUUGGCU